UCAAGUUCAAGUUUUGAGCUUGAUUCGUGGAACUGAUCUCUCCUUUGUGGCGUCUACUUGCGCAAUGGACAAUUGUGAAUGCACAUUGGCAAAGCUCCGACUUCUGUUUCUGCAGCAGAUCUAUCAAUCAUCAGUAACCGAAGUUAACCGUCGCACUUGACUUGCAUUACUGACAAUGCUACGCGCCACCUUAAUGACAUCUUCGCUAUAUCUUGUAUUCUAUUUUAUGCGCUCUCAGUGCCGCUAUUUUCGGCAAGUGGUCUGUUUGCCGAGGAAGAAUACAGCUAUCCGAAACCAGAGCAUACUUGCUACCGACGAGCCAAUCGUAGCCCACUACAGGAAAACGAGUAUUCAGGUGACCGCUUUAGUUGUCCUCGCUAACUUCUCAUCUAUCUUUUCAAGAAAUUCCGGAGAAAAUAUAGACUCAUAUAUACUGGCACUUCACCAGAUCAACGAGCCAUCCGGCCAGCAUCAAAAAUCUUGGAACGCCUGUGCUUGAUGCUCUUGGUAUUUAUUAUGCUCUGAAGCCUCGUUCUUCAAAUGGUUAAUAUACAGGUGCGGGAAGCUGCUGAAACGGCAAAGUAUGGUGA